UUCUUUGUCUUCCAGAAAGCAGAAGCAUGCACUGAGAGCAGAUUAACGCGUCUAUUCCGGGGCUCCAGGCACUCCCGUCCUCUUUCCUUCAGGGGAGGCCAGAUGAGGUCGCUGCUUUAUUUAAGCCAAACGGCGUUACUAAAUAACUUCCCAACUACAAUCUAGGAACUAGUUCCUGCUUACUGUCGUUGCCAAUUUAGCGCGUAUUUUAUGCAAUGGCUUCUGGGAGAUGGAGGCAGCGCCGUGAGGUUUCCCCAGCCCGUAGGCACGCCGGACUUCGCUUCCCACAAUGCCUGGCGCGAGUCGGUGAUUUCUGCCCGGUAACCGGGAAGUGGCCGCCAUCUUGCGUACGGAAGUGCGGUGGUUACCGCGAUCCGUAGGACUCGGCUUUCAAAGUCUCACCUCAUCUCGUCUCUGCUUUGGGAUUGUGUCUCUGCGCUUCUUUCACCUUCGCAGGAGUCCAUGUCUUUCUAGAAGAAAGUUUUCUGGGAGGUAAAGGUCAAUGCAGAGCUGUAGAGUAAGAUGUCUUACGGUGAAAUUGAAGCUAAAUUUCUGGGACGUGGAGAAGAACUUACAAGUGAACCAUGCUAUAAAAAAUUGAAGUCAGCUGCAGAGGUUUAUGUUUUCCCCCAUCAUGGUAGUACUGAUUUUCAUAGAACCCAAGAAAAAUCUGGAAAUGAUUGGGUACCUGUGACCUUCAUUGAUGUUAGAGGACAAAGUCAUCUUCAGAAGGACAAAACCAAAACCACAGAUUUGCUGAGGCCUUUUCAUGAUGAGAUACAUAGUAAUAGACCAGAUUUUAUCAAAUCUAUUGAUUCUCGAGUGUUACAGGAUACAAGUCGACCAUUAGUAUCCACAGAUGAUGAGAUAUAUAGCACAAGUAAAGCUUUUAUAGGACCCAUUUACAAACCCCCUGAGAAAAAAAAAAUUAAGGAAAAGAGGAGUGAGGCAGACACUCUCAACAAUAUAAAUGGCAAAGAAAAGCCAGAAGAGAAACAGAAAUUUAACUCUGAAAAAUCAGAAAUUGACAAUGAAUUAUCCCAAUUUUACAAAGAAAUCGAAGAACUUGAAAAUGAAAAAUUUGAUUUGGAAGGCAGUUGUAAGGAACCAGAAACUUCUCAGGAACAACUUACUUCAUAUUAUCAGGACCAUAAUAAUGAUCUCUUAAAAUCUGAUGAAGGAAAGAAAGAUCCUAAUAAUGACCUUCAGUCACACUGUGGUUAUGAGCAGUACUUGGGGAAUGAGAUAGGCAAAUAUCCCUGUAAUGGACAAGUCAUACCUACAGUUUGCGACAUUUCGUUUACAUCCUUGAGGCCUGAGUGGGAAUCGGUUCAACCUUUUAUGGUACCCAGUGGUCCUCCUCUUCCCAGUUUUAACUAUCACUUAAAUACUCAGAGAUUCAGUGCUCCACCAAAUCCACCUUCAGAUAUUUUCUGUGCACACGAUGACUCUCAGAUGAGAAAUACAUACUAUGUAAAUAAUUGUCAUGUUAACUGGAAUUGUUCGACUUUUGAUCAGAACAAUGAAUAUACAGAAUAUAAUGAGAGCAGCAGCAUUGUUCAUCCUUCUAGAAGUGGCUACAAUGUACAAGAUACAAGUAAUGGUUUCUGUGAAAUCAGAGAAGGAUGUUGGAAAGGUCCUUCUGUGGACAAACAUAAUGGAAUGGACAGGUUUGUGCACCAGCAGUUUCAAGAUGAAAGGUUAAAUAAAUUGCAGAAGUUACUUAUUCUUUUAAGAGGUCUGCCUGGUUCUGGGAAGACAACAUUGUCUCGAAUUCUGCUUGGUCAGAGUCGUGAUGGCAUUGUGUUCAGCACUGAUGACUAUUUUCGCCAUCAAGAUGGGUACAGGUAUAAUGUUAAUCAACUUGGUGAUGCUCAUGACUGGAACCAGAACAGAGCCAAACAAGCUAUCAAUCAGGGGAGAUCUCCAGUUAUAAUAGACAACACUAAUACACAAGCUUGGGAAAUGAAACCAUAUGUGGAAAUGGCCAUAGGAAAAGGAUACAGAGUAGAGUUUCAUGAACCUGAAACAUGGUGGAAAUUUGAUCCUGAAGAAUUAGAAAAGAGGAAUAAACAUGGUGUAUCUCGAAAGAAGAUUGCUCAGAUGUUGGAUUGUUAUGAAUAUCAAAUGUCCAUCUCUAUUGUAAUGAAUUCAGUGGAACCAUCACACAAAAACACACUAAGGCCUCCUCCUCCACAGGAGAAACAGAGAGAAAGAGUUUUGAAGAAGACUGGACACAGGCUCAGCAAAACCAAACAGAAGAGAAAUAGAAAAAGAAACAAAAAGCACAACAGUCAUAGUAAAAUCAUGGAGGAAAAUUCAUUUGGAACUUCAAGUUAUAUUAUACAAGAUCAAGACCCAACGCAGAGUGAAGAGGAAGACGUUGAAGAGACCAAAAGGGAAUCAGGGUGUCCCCUCACUAGUGGUCUAAAAAGUGAAGUAGGAGAUUUUUUAAAUGACUGCAAAGAAAAAAGAUGGACAAACACAGAUCCUGAAGACAGUUUUUCAAAUAAUAUAUCUAUAGUUGAGUUGGACAACACAUCAAAGAAUGACUUCUCUAAGGAAGAUGAUAACUUGUUUCUAGCUUUGUCAUCAAAGCCAAAUGAAAGCUCCGUUACAUAUCAAACAGUAACCCCAAAUCUUUUCUGUGUAACAAAUGAUGACUGCAUGAAGGUAGAAAAGCAUAUUAAAGAUAAGCAUACCAUGGCUUCAGACAUCCAGGACCUAUUUAUCCCAUGUCCAUUUAUGCCAAUGAGAGAGGUAAUAGAUAAAAGUCUCCCAAAUGAACCAAUUCUUUGCCAUCCACAUGGAUCUAGAACUUCAGAAAAUGUUUUAAGAGAGGAACAAAGAGCAUAUACAACUAAAAGCAGUUAUUGGGCUGUUUUCACAACCAAUUUAUCUAAGGAAGAACUACAACUGGGCUCUGCUAGACAACCCUAUUUUGAUAAGUGGCCUGAGGGCCCUCAUAAGUUUAUAUAUGAACAGAAACCAAAGAAAGACAGAUCACGUAAACAUGCCUGUCUUGACAGCAAGGAACAAUUGAUCCAAUUAAUCUCCACUUCUGAAGGACCAUCAGAACCAGGAAGCAGUCCAGAAAUAUUGACAAGGGAGAAGCUCCUGAUAGCAGAAGAUUUGUUACCUCCCUCUGAAACUAUAGAUUCAUUCAUAGUAAUUGAAAAAAAUAUCUUCAGAAGCUACUUACCUCAAUUGGAUAUCCCAAAGAGUGCAGAAGCAACAAAGAAUGAGAAAAGAAUGCAGAAUAGAAUUUUCAACUUGGCACCUUACUUUAACUUACUGGGGCAGAGUCUUAUUAAUGCAAAUGAGAGGGAGAAACACAGUCUAUCAACACAAAAACAUGAACUAAAAAUUAUUUUGCAAGAAAAAGAUAGAAUUUCAGAAAUAAAUAAUGACGAGAAUAAGCAAAACCUUAUGACCUUAUAUUAUCAUUCAUCAUGGUUUUACCUUGUUAUUAUCAAUGAUCCCCGUCGAAGUACUGGUAGAUUUUAUUCUAAUUGCCUGUCAUUUAACAGACUAAGGCAUUUUGCAUAUUUUUACAAAAACCCUAUUCUUUCCCUCACACUACGUUAUAUAACUAGAUUUUGGAAGGCAUCUCUUAGAAACAAGAAACCAUUUUUGACUUUCAAAUCACAGACAAGUGUAGAUAAAAACCUAAAUGAUGUACAGUUUAUUUCUUCAGAAAUUUUAAGUAGUCAACCUGAUAUUUUGUGCUCUUUGAGAGCCAUUUUUUAUUUUUUAAAUGAAAGACUUCAUGAAAAGCUGAAGAGAUUAGAAAAACUUAAGUCAUUACAUUGCUUACCAUUUGACAGUAGCAGAAAUUUAACAAGCACUAAGUGUAAUUCCCUUGGGCUACCAUUAUCACAAGAGUUUGCCUUUCAACUAGUUGAGCUUUUUGGAUCUCCUGGAGUUCCAAUAGAAUCAUUGUUACCUAAUGACUAUGUUGUUCCCCUUGACUGGAAGACACUGAAGAUGAUUUAUUUGCAGUGGAAGACAUCGAUGGAGCAAAAACAGAAGAAGAUUGCUUAAAAAAUGAGACUUUCUUGAACUUUGAGUUCUCCAGUCUUCAUGGUGCUGCUGAAGAUCUUGCUCACCAAGUAAAGUCAGUGCUGACUCAGAGGAUUCUUUCACCAGGAUAAUACCCACUGGAUACCAAAACUGGUUUGGAUAAUCUGUCCAAUUAUUCUUGAUAAGUUAUCUGAAUAAUAAAAUACUCUUCAGAGGAGGUAACAAUUUGUACAUUUCAUCUGAUUUUGAAGAUGUUAUAAUUUUAUUUAUUUGUCAUUUUCAUGAUAGAGAGCGAGCGAGAGUGUGUGUGUGUG